UUGACUUGACAGCCUCUUUUCUAUCUGACGCCUCUUGUUACGGCAGGACAGAACACAUUCCACCCAGUCAGUUUGAAGACUUCUGAAACGUUGAUAUACUAAUCAGUGUACCUCAUUAGGUUUGGCACCACGGAGGACAGAAUUAAAAUAUUCUCAUUAACUCCAUUCACUGCUAAACGGCUCGCUAGAGACCCGAAAGCCGAGGUCUGGUGAUGACCAUGGUUGACAAGUCCAAGGUGAUGGAUGCGUGGCCUGCCGGGCAGAUUGGAGGAAUAUGGCAGAGGUGUCGUAUGGAAGUUGCAGAAGAAACCUGGAUGAAUAAUCCAACGUGAGACUUGGUGCCACUCCUGUAGACUAAGAUGUGUGUCUCUGCUCUGACUUGGCUGAUGCUGAUAUGUUUGUGGACGGUGAUUGUCAGGAUACAAGGUCUCUCUCAGCUGGUAGAAACCCAGCAGGUUGUCACAGUAACACUGGGAGAAGACGCUCACUUCAGCUGCGGACUCAUGGAACCCAGAGACGUCCUGCAAGUCACCUGGCAAAAAGAGACACCAGGAGGGACUGAAAAUGUGGCCUCCUACAACAAACGUUUUGGUCCAAAAGUAAAUCCACCUUUCCAGGGGAAAGUGGAGUUUCUAAAUGUGGGACUGCAGAACUGCUCUAUAGUCAUCAGAGGAGUAUCAAGAGAAGAUGAGAGCUGCUACAAAUGUCUGUUUAAUAUUUACCCAGAUGGAUCUAUCAUUGGAAGAGCCUGCCUUCAAGUUAAUGAGCUCUAUGGACCCACACUCCUAGUCACACAAACCAAUGACACACAUCCCCUCUUCUCUGGAUUAACUGUCUCCUGCACUGCCACGGGACAACCUGCUCCAAUAGUGACAUGGGAUGAAACAGCACAAUUGGCCUUGAAAAACUCUACUACGGUCAAUGUCACCCACCCUAAUGGAACUGUUACUGUCACCAUAACUUCCACGGUGGCAGUUCCCAGUCUACCUGACAAUGACACCAUGGUUAGGUGUUUGGCGUCAUCCGGCUAUGUCAUCAGGGAGGGAUCCAUAAAGACUCCAACUACCCUAGCUGGUUUUGGUAAAUCUCUGUCACCAGUCACUGAUGAUGGUUGGAUAAGCGGUCAUGGGACAGUGGUUGUAGCAGUGACGGCUUCUUUGGGUCUUGUUGUUUUAAUCUGCACCAUAACUUGGUGUCUGUGCAAGAAAACUCAAAGGAGCAGAAAUGAAACACCACAGCAAGACGUUGAUGAAAGCAGAGUUACUUUCGAACUGUAAAAAUGUCCUGGGGAGUCGGGAGAGUCGUAGAUCAACACAGGCUUCAUCCGAAACAGCCAGUCUGCUUCUUUACAUCCCCUCCAUUAACAAGGAAGUAAAUCUGUGCCAACACGCCAGAUGAAACACUCACUCUGAUUGUCUUAUUCAUAGACAGGUUAGAGGCGCCCGCCACAGCCAGAGUUGUUGCUGGAACGCGGUGGCACAAGGAUAUCAUGUAUGCCGGUUACCUCGCCGGAUGACACCCCGGAUGACACCAGCCCAAAGGAAAUUUGAUCAUUUACAAAAAGAUAACCAAGAGACUUUUAUUAAUGGCUUGCUUGCAAUACAUGAAAAGGAUCUUGUUGUUUCUGGAGGCAAAUGAGGAAGUAAUGAACUGGACAGAUGGCUACUGUAGCCGUAGGUCAGAGGGACAGAAGAAACGGUUAAGUUGUUAAUCUGUUUGUUGUUCUGUAAAGGAAGGGGGGGGGUGACCCACUGGGUAGGGGUGUGACACCUCUGGGAAGGGGAGUGACACCUCUGGGAAGGGGUGUGACCCACUGGGAAGGGGGGAGACCCACUGGGUGACCCACUGGGAAGGGGGUGACUCAUCUGGGAAGGGGAGUUGACCCACUGGGAAGUGGGGUUGACCCACUGGGAAGGAGGGUGACCCACUGGGAAGUGGGGUUGACCCACUGGGAAGGAGGGUGACCCACUGGGAAGUGGGGGUGACCCACUGGGAAGGAGGGUGACUCCUCUGGGAAGGGGAGUGACACCUCUGGGAUGCUGAUAUGUUUGUGGACGGUGACUGUCAGGAUACAAUGACAUGCUUGCUUCCCAGUUGACCACACUGAAAUGUAUGACUUGUUUCUUUGCUGCUAAUCGGUGAAAUGUGAUCACUCAAAUUUCAAUGUGGACGCGUUGAUGUGUCAUAUUUGUCUCCAAAUGUGAACACAGUUGUUACACAGGCAGGUACCCUGUAGGUGCAUUUGUGUUCUCCCCUCCUUCUGCCCUAAACACAGUUGUCCCUUAUGUUCCUGAUUGUUGCCGUUGGUGUGUCCAACCUGGCAGUUGUCAGUGGAUCUUCUGAGGCACUCUUUUGCUUUAUCAUACAUGCUGUUAGAUUAUAUUGACCCAGACUCGACAUAUGUAUCUUUUGAUAGGCAGACACUUCUAUUGUUUAUUCUUACACCACAUAGUUUUAGCGGAUACAUCUCACUUUUUCCAGCUUUUUGUGGGUAUGUAUUGCUGUGGUGUUUUGUUUGGUGUUGUCUAGUCAAAUGUUUGCUGUUUAGUCCCUGUUUAACCUGUGUGUUCUGUUUGUACCUGGGAUUUUUUUUUAUUUUUUUUUAGCAAGUCGCAUUUGGGCAUACACAACACAUUGGGAUACUUUGUCUGAAAACACUAGUUUGAACUGAGCGGAACACCCACUGUAUUUUUGAAUAGGUUAGUAGUGAGCUAAGCUGUUCUUAAGGCAGGCAAGCUGUAUUCCAGCUCAGCCCCUUUUCCCUAACCCAUUUACCGUGUGUUCAUAAUAAAUGUUUUAAGUUUGACAGUA